AUGGAACUGGAUACCGGCUCUGCAGUGUCAGUGAUGGCGCACAGUGACUUUGUGCAGUACUUUGGAGACCAGAAGCUGAACUCGUCAUCUGUCCUCCUAAAGACAUAUACUGGAGAGAAAAUCAAGCCCCUCGGCGUAUUGCCGGUGGAGGUACAACACAAUGGCCAACAAUGCACAUUGGACUUGUACAUUGUAAAAAGAGGAGGACCAGCACUGUGGGGCCGAGACUGGCUGAGGAAAUUACAGCUGGAUUGGAAGUCCAUUAAAAGCCUGCAGGUGGCGCCAAACACCACCGACAAGUCCACAGAGGUCAAAUUGGAGACAGUCUUGGUGGCUGCAACGCCUGUAUUCCAAGAUGGAAUUGGGACAUUAAAAAACAUAAAGGGCAAAAUUGUUCUUCAAGACGGGGCCAUUCCACGUUUCCACAAAGCACGGCCAGUUCCGUACGCCAUACGACAGAAGGUGGAAGCGGAGCUGGACCGCCUAGAGGCCGACGGAAUCCUGUCUAAAGUUGACUGGAGCCCAUGGGCCACACCCAUUGUCCCAGUAGCAAAGAAGUCAGGGGCAGUGAGGGUGUGUGGGGACUUCAAAAUCACAAUCAAUCCUGUGCUACAAGCAGAACAAUAUCCACUUCCCAGGAUCGAGGACAUUUUUGCAAACCUGGCUGGUGGAAAGCGGUUCACCAAGGUGGACCUGGCGGAGGCCUAUCUACAGAUGGAGAUAGAGGAAGACUCGAAGAUGUUCCUGACCAUCAAUACUCUGAAGGGCUUGUACCGCUACAACAGGUUAGUGUUCGGAGUGGCCUCAGCCCCGGCUAUCUGGCAGCGUGCUAUGGAUCAGGUGUUGCAGGGGAUUCCAGGUACACAGUGUUACUUAGAUGAUAUAAUUGUGACUGGGGCCAACGAUAACGAACACCUGGAGAACCUCCAUAAGGUCUUACAGAGACUUCAAGAUUACGGACUCCGGGCUAGACGUGACAAGUGUGAGUUUUUCAAACCAUGUAUCACAUACUGCGGCCACACCAUUGAUGCACAGGGUUUGCAUAAAUGCAAAGAAAAGAUCAAUGCCGUCAUGAAGGCUCCUCAGCCACAGGAUGUACAGCAACUGAGAUCGUUCCUUGGAUUCAUCAACUACUACCACCGGUUCAUGCCUAACCUGUCUACAGUGCUCCAUCCUCUGAACGAACUACUCCAGGCAGAACGGAAAUGGAAAUGGACCAAGGAAUGCGAACAGGCCUUCCAGGAAGUGAAAAGGCUGGUGACAUCAGAGACAGUGCUCACACACUACGACCCGUCCUUGCCUGUGAAGUUGGCAUGCGACGCGUCACCGUAUGGUAUAGGGGCCGUUAUGUCACAUGUCAUGCGGGACGGCACUGAGAGACCAAUAGCGUUUGCCUCCCGCUCCCUGUCCUCGGCUGAGAAAAAUUACUCCCAAAUAGACAAGGAGGCACUGGGCCUGGUCUGGGGCGUAAAACGAUUUAACCAGUACUUAUACGGCAGGGAGUUCACCCUCGUGACCGAUCAUCAACCACUGGUCUCAAUAUUCAACCCCCAUAAGGCUAUCCCCAUGACCGCAGCGGCACGCAUGCAGCGUUGGGCCCUGUUCCUGGGAGGGCAUCGGUACAAGAUUGAAUUCAAGAGCACACUAAAUCACGCCAAUGCAGACGGGUUGUCUCGGUUGCCACUCGACACCGCAACAGGCACAAAAGGAGACAAAGAAUCAGUGGCGAUGUUCACGCUCAUGCAGAUCGAAAGCCUCCCAGUGACAGCGGAGAUGAUUGAGAGAGAGACCCGGAAAGAUGCGACUCUCUCACAAGUGUACAAAGCAACGCAGACAGGCUGGGCAGCUAGUGAAAGGUCUUUCCUCGCUCCAUAUUUCCAACGCCGGGAUGAGCUUGCUAUUGACUCUGGGUGCCUUAUGUGGGGAAUGAGGAUCAUCAUACCCACCAAGGUCAGGUCCAGGGUGCUGGAAGAGUUACACAGUGGUCAUCUGGGAGUGGUGAAGAUGAAGGCACUCGCCAGGAGCUAUGUCUGGUGGCCAGGGAUUGACCAACAGAUAGAACAGCUCGCAGCACAUUGUCCUGGGUGCCAGCGUGUACAGAACGAACCGACAGUGGCACCCCUCCAUACAUGGGAAUGGCCCACAUCGCCAUGGCAACGGAUACACAUUGAUUUCGCCGGGCCAUUCAUGAAUAAAACAUUCCUUGUAGUGGUCGAUGCAUGUUCAAAGUGGCCAGAAGUGUUCGCCAUGAAAUCCACGACAACAGCCAACACAAUCGACGUGUUGAGAGGUCUCUUUGCUAGAACUGGUAUCCCCGAACAGUUGGUGAGUGACAAUGGUCCUCAAUUCACAGCUAGUGAAUUUCAGAUGUUUAUGAAGCUGAAUGGAAUCCGCCACAUAACAUCAGCUCCCUACCAUCCGGCUACUAAUGGGCUCGCCGAGAGGUUCGUACAAACUCUAAAACAAGGUCUGCGAGCCUUUGCGGAUGCACCCAUUUCUCUUCAGCAGAAGUUAGCCAACGUCCUGUUUGCCUACCGUAACGCCACUCAUGCUACUACUAACCGAACCCCUGCCAUACUGUUCCUGGGACGGGGGCUGCGCUCAAGACUGGACCUGCUAAAGCCGAACCUGCGACGGACGGUAAUGGAUCGUCAGAUCAAGCAGGGUAAAGGGACUCACAAUAGAGAAACGCGUCAACUGGAAAUUGGACAGACUGUGCUUGCCAGGGAUUACCGUGGAGAACACAAGUGGAUUCCCGGUAUAAUCAGAGAGAGGCAAGGGCCCUUGUCCUACACCGUAGAAGUAGCUCCGGACACUAUCUGGCGACGCCACCUUGAUCAACUACGGGGGUCAGAGGUACGCACUGCAGCGGAGAUGGUGGAUCCUGCUGCUUCAUUCAUCGCUGCUCAGGGGGACCUGAGCCUGCCAACUGCCAGCGCUACUCCAGAGACCAUGAGCCUGCCUAGCUCCACCGCAGGCCAAGACAGCCGGAACCUGCAAAGCUCCGACAGCGACAUGGGGUGUCUGCCAAGCCCUGGUCCGCCCCUGACCCCACGCAUUGGUCUCCCUAGAGCUGGGGCGAGCCCGGCGGUUACACCUGAGAGACGUUAUCCAAUGCGUACUCACAGACCUCCCAAGAGACUAUCCCUUUAA